AUGCAAGAUUACGCCGAUUGCAGCAGAAUUCAGACACUUCGUAAGUAUACCGUUCUAGCAGUGCUUCCUCGCAUCUCAAUUGAAGAGUACACGAUACCCGGAACGAAUAUAAAACUCGAAAAGGGAACCCACAUUGCUGUACCUAUCAAUGCCAUACACCAUGAUCCUGAAAUAUAUGAAAGUCCACACGAAUUUCGUCCAGAACGUUUCGCGCCAGAAGAACUACAAAAACGUCAUCCGCAGGCCUUUCUCGGUUUCGGCGAUGGACCGCGCAAUUGUAUUGGCCUACGUUUUGCACGCAUGCAAGUGCGUGUUGGAUUGAUAACACUGUUGAAAUCUUAUCGCUUUACCUUUUCGGAGAAGACACCGCCCAGAAUAGAUAUUAUGAAGAAGGGUUUAGUUCUUGUGCCAGAUAAUAUCGUAUGGCUAAGGGCAACAAAGCUGUAAAAAUUAUAGAAAAGUAAACAAAUUAACCAACUAAAUAUAAGGAAGCAUUGUUGUAGUAAAAGUUUUGUAUAACCCAAAAUAGAGCGAUGUAUAUGUAUAAACAUAAAAGAAAUAAUUUCCAAUAUAAA